CUCAACUUCACGACCCUAUCAUCAAAGCAUCGCGACUCCAAUUCCCGAAGCAAUUGGGCCUGUCCCUCCCCCACUUAGGCACCAUGAGCAAGCCCUUCGCCGCGCGGCUGCUCCAGCCCCUCUCUUCCACCGUCUGCUCCUCCUGCCGCACCACCCUCACCCGCCAACCGCUCCUCUCCACCCGCCCCUUCAGCAGCACGCCCGCCGUCCUCGCACGCGACUUCCAAGACCCGCUCGCCAGCCUCUCCAAACUCGCCUCCCUCUCCACCGCCAUGGAAGACUUCAAAAAGCCCUUGUCGGGCUUCGAGAGCCUCAUCGACCCGCGCCACGCCCAGGACGACGGCCUCGACGACAUCAAUGCGUCGCUUCAAAAGGAGAUCCCCAUGUACCACUUCCACGUCUACGCCACAAAACACAACACGCACAUCACGCUGACGCGGCCGAACCGCGAGCCCCUCAUCUCGGUCAGCUGCGGGAAUAUCGGGUUCAAGAAGGCGGCGCGGGGGACGUACGAUAGCGCGUAUCAAUUGGCCGCGUACAUGAUGAGUCGGAUUCAGGAUAAGGGGCUGUUGACGGAGAUUAGGGAUAUGGAGGUUAUAUUUCGGGGGUUUGGGCCGGGGCGGGAGGCGGUUUCAAAGGUGAUUAUGAGUAGUGAGGGGAGGAAUGUGAGGACUAAGAUUAAGAAGCUGACGGAUGCGACGAGGUUGAAGUUUGGAGGGUUGAGGAGUCCGAGGAUGAGGCGGUUGGGUUAAUGUGUGGUGGGUUGGUUUAGAGAUGAUGCAUUUUGGGCGAGCUGUACAAUAUGAAGCUUCAGACGCGUAUUAUUACAGGCAUGUACGAUCAAGGACGUUUGACUCUGGUGGAAGCGUUUCGCUGGAAUCAUCGGUUGUCUGGCUCAUGUGAGCUUGGCUACUGUCUGUAGAUAUAUCAAAACAAGUUCCCUCUAUCCCUCUA